AUGUUGAUUGGAUUGAUUGAAGGUAAAUAGAGAAUUGAUAAUUUAGCAUUCAAUGUGAUAUUUAAUUAUGGAUUGGUAUUAAUAGUGUCUCCAGGAUUAACAUCAGAUAUAUUUAUAAAAAAAGAUGAUAAAGUAGAAGGUCCAUUUAUUUAUGAUCCAAUAAAAUGCUAAUUCAAUAAAUCAUAAAUAGCAAUAAAAUUAGACCAAAGUACUUUAAAAUAUUGUGAUAAAUGUUGUUUACCAAAACCUUAGAGAACACAUCAUUGUAGUAUAUGUAAUAAAUGUGUAUUGAAAAUGGAUCAUCAUUGUCCAUGGGUUGGAUAAUGUGUUGGACAUUAGAAUCAUCGAUACUUUAUUUUGUUUUUAACUCAUAUUGUGAUAGGAACAUUUUACAUUUCAAUUUUGAAUUUAAAUAUAGUAAUGAGGUAUUGGUUUAACUGGAGAUAGCAAUCAAUUUCAAGAGUACAGAGUUUAACAAUCAAAAGCAUUUUCAUUAGUAUGGCCCUUAAAUAUUUCUUUGUUUUUCAUGUUAUCAGCUUUUUCAGGUUGGAAUUGGUAUUUGGCAAUGAAAGGAAUGACUACAUUAGAAUUUUGGGAUAAGAAUGAUGCAUUUAAAAAGAGUAAGAGAAUACAAAAUUUAUAAUAAAUAUUUGGAAAAGUUAAAAAUUGGAUUGAAAUAUUAUCACCAAGUGUUAGAGAUUUACCAUCAAAUGGAGUAAUAUGGUAUGAUACUUAAAUUGAACACUUAAAUGUGUUAAAUGAAUUAUAGUAAGAAGAGGAAGAUGAUGAAGAAAUGAUUAAUUGA